AUGAGGAAGAGGAGACUGCUGAAGAAGAGUGGGAUCAACAUCAUUGCUGCUGUAGGUGCUGCUGUCUCAGUUGGAGCCUUCAGCUGUGCCAAGAGCAUUUAUGGGAACCCAACAUGCGCUGCAGAUGCACACAGCUCUCCAUCAUCCACAUUCAACAGCUGCUUAUUGCAACCUCCCUUUCACCAAUGGUCAUUCAAGCGUGAGGAGGUUUUUGUACAGCCUCUCAAUGAGCUUGUUUCACUGUGGUACACGUUUGGUAGAGGCACCAGACUGGAUGUUGUUGGCACCACCAGGCAGCCCAGUGUGACGGUGCUGCCUCCCUCCAGAGAGGAGCUGUCCAGUGGGGGCUCUGCCACACUGCUGUGCCUGGCUGACAAGGGCUUCCCCUCAGACUGGAGCCUGAGCUGGAAGGUGGAUGGCAGCAGUAGGAGUGGAGUGGCCAGUGCUGGGCUCAUGAAGGACGGUGUGUACAGCUGGAGCAGCAGCCUGACCCUCACUGAUGCUGAGUGGAGAGGAGCCACCUCAGUGGUGUGUGAGGCCAGCCCAAUAUGGCCCAGCUGCGUCUUGUCCAGCUAA